AAUGACUUUCAGCAAUGCUGUCUGAAUGGUAGCAAUCCAAUUCUGGACGGUAUCAUUUUGUUUGUUUGUUUGUUUGUUUGUUUGUUUGUUUGUUUGUUUUUAAUGGCGGGGGGAGAGUAAGUUGGCAGAGGGGAGAAAGCGUCAGUUUGGUAUGUCUGCAAUCCCUGUUUUGCUUGGGGAGCUUUAGAGGACAGACACAUUCUUCCAUCUCCGCUAAUCCUCCUCUGAUACAGAGGAUUUUCCUGCCAUUAAAUGAUAGCUUGCGAGAAAAAAAUGCCAACUUUUCAGAGACUGACUCGUAUGGCUAAUGGCAGCCUCAUGAGCCGGAGGGAGGACACAGCCACUGCCGGGCUAGGUAAGCAAUGUAUCUAACAUGAUUUCUGUUGGGAAUUUGAGUUUUGGCUGUUUGAUGCUAAGCUGGUUACGCUCCUCUGUACCAGCACCUAUUUCCUGGGGAGAUGGCCAGUGUCUUACUGUUGGUGAUCUUUUCCCAUCUCAGAUGAUAGGAACCUGUCCUUGGCACGGCUGGUGGGAAGAAUGUGGAGGAGCUUGUAAAAAGGUGUAGCACAAAGCUGCAGGAUUCCCUGAGAAGAUCCCUCAAGUUCGCUUGCCAGACCUGAAAUGUCACUAGUGAAUAAUCAAGGUAAUGUUUGCCAUCAUUUUAAAUGGUGAGUAUACUCUUAUUCUGCGUUACCCAAUAGUGGAUUACAGAGAUCGUUUGAAAAGGUGUAGGUUAAAUACUCAAUUAUUGCAAUCAUUGUCUCUUUACCUUUCUGAAAACUCUGCAAACAUUUUUUCAGUCUCUCACUCUUCCUUUCAAAUACUGAAUUACAGCAGUAUUUAAAAGAGCAAAAGACAUCAUCCCUGGAUGGAAUUUUGUUUAUUCCUUAUUGCCGUAUUUCACCCUUUUUCUUAAACCCCUGUUUGAGCACCGUGUGUCAAUGAGUUGGAGGCAUCUUCCAGCUCUGCCCUGUCCGCUGCCAUGGUGUAAAAAGCAAAGAACAUCUCUUUUUGGGGAAGGGGAAGGAGUAAGGAAGGAGAGGUGGGAAUGUUUCAUGCUGUGUUGGUCAGAGGAGAUCUGGCCAACAGCGGAGAUCUGAGCUCCUGUGCUCUGAGCAGUGUCUCUCCCGAGGGUUUGAUGGGGUUCCUUUGCAAGAAAAAGAGAAAUUGCUACGAAGACUGCGGUGCUGAGGGGCUCCUCUGAGCUCCUGUUGCCAGGGGAUUGUUUUCUAGUUGGAUGGUCCUCAAGUGUUUGUUUUCUGUGUACUGCACAACGCAGAGAGACACACUUGUGAAUAGAGAUUUUAGAAGUGUGCUGUGAAAUGCCACUAGCAAAAGACCCAAGUUUGGCACUGAAACACCCUUGGGUAAAAGGUGAACAGGCUGGCUACGGUGUGGGUACAGACAUUUCCUUUAUCAAGCAAUUAGAGAACAAGCAGGGAGGGGAAGGAUGGGACGUGGUUAGCAGCGUGCUCAUUCCUAUGCUGCACACAGUGUACACAGCUGCUGGAGGAGGUCUCCUCUGAAGGCCAGAGAUGUGACUGAGCUUGGGGUGACUGUAGCUAAACAUUGAACUUGCUUGGGACAACCUCACAUAUAGGACAGCCUAUGCACAUAUGCCCCUCUGGAUGUCACCCUGAGCCCACAUAAGGCUCCCGUUCCAGCAGCAACACUUGCAUCCAUCCUUUCCAGUCAGCCACCUGAGGUCAGACAUUUGGGAACAGGCAAAUCCUUAAUCUGUCUGGCCUUCAGUUUAUGUAACUGCCCAACAAAAACAACAUAUGCCCCUGUUUGCAAGCGACAGUGUGAUCUGGGGCAAAGGGUAGCGAAUGAGGCAGCCCCUGGGCAGCCUGCAUGAAGAAAGAGCAAUUAAGACGGCGUCUUGUUCCCCCUCUUGUCCUUAGGCUCCUCGCCUGUUGUCUACCCAGGGCCCUGGCUGAAGGGCCCUUUCCUUUAGCCAUGGCUGUUAGAUAAGGGCUCAGGAAAAAGAAGAAGAACAUACAAACAAACAAAAUGACAACCUGUUUAAAAGCCUUUCCACCUCUUAAGAGUCCUUCACUAUCAUUUAUCCUGGAAGUCAUGCUGUUUUGCUAAUUCUUUAGUCACAAUUACAUAGCCAGAUUUGAUGGGACCUGAAUUUCGAUAAAGAGGCCACAGCUGAAGUCCUUCUGGGAUGCUCCCUCCAUGUAUCUAAAUCCUUCUUCUACAUGCAGUGCUCAGGUUGGUUCAAAGAGAACCAGGCUGGGAAGCUCCUGGGUUGAUGUCCUGUCAAUAAGGACCUGCCCAGCAACUGGUUUUGCAAGUCUCCUGCUUGAAGAAGACACAGGCAGCAUAAACUCAUAAAUACAGUACUGUGCCUGUUGCAUUUAAAAAGGAUGGAGAAAGGGCAGAGCAAUUGCACUUCAAACUGUAGUUUGGUCCGUACGUUAAAGCCUUAGGGGCUGCAAAAAUAAAAGCUUGAUGCUUCCUGGGAUAUCACCUCACAAGUUUGUCUCGAUAAAAAUGUCCAUUGGGAAUACAGCUGUAGUGGGCAAUUGCUGCGCUGCAAAUCGGUGGGGAGAGGCGGCCCGGCUGCUGGGAGCGUCCCUCUCCAGAGAGUCAGCAGGAACGUGGGGAAACCCUCUUCCCUGUGCCUCAGCCCUUGGGGCUACCAGGCACGCAGCAGCAGCAACGGGAUCCCAGCAGUGCUGUAAUAAAGGUGGCUGUUGGUAAAGAUGGUAUCUCAUGUCUUGUUGAAGAAAAUAUGAAAGGCUUGUGCUUGUGUGGGAGCCAAUAAACUGCAGCAGAAAAACCAGUCAGUAGCAAUACCACUGCUUCCUGCUGGUGACUACAUGGAGAGUUCGCUGGUGUGCCUUCUCAUUUUGUUGAGUGGCCGGUAGGAUAUGCCCUUGAGACCAGUUACAAAAUGAGCUCUGCCUUCAGUUUUUCCUCUCUAAUGAGUUUAUUUCGCAGAUGUCUGGUUGACCGGAUGCUUUUCCCCCACAAAAAUGCCUGUCCCUGGAGAUUGAUGUCUCCUGUUCCUUUCAUUCUUCUCUGAUUUGUCCCCAAGAGCUUUUACCUUCUCUUCCUCUUUGUACGUCCACCUGCAUGGGCCUAAUUUGAAAAGAAACCACAACAGCCACACACCUCCCAUGCCAGGCCGAUAAAAGGACAAAGCAGCUGCUCCCAUCAAGAGUAAGACAUUGUCACAGCUGUCUUGAGAAGUGGCAAAACAGUAAAAACUGUGCUAGAGCUGCACAGUGUCUUAGCUAUGGUGAGAUCAUGAAGAAAGCAGCUGACCAAUAUCCCUUAAUUUGUUUUUCUUCAUGCCUUUCUACCAAAAUACAAAGGGAGUGUGUUUUUAAACACUGUACUGCAUCCUUAGCAGCUGAUAGUUCCCUUUCAGUGCUGCACCCGCUCAUGGCUCUGGUGGAGAAAUGUUAGGUUGAAUGAACAAAGAAAAGAAAAAAGCAAAAGGCAUGAAUUUGAUGUGCCCCAGGGAACUAACUGAUCUGCCUUGCCUGCUGCCGGACACAACCCAUCCGCAGCUGCUGGCCUUCGAAGCAUAUCUUGGCCUGCUUCCUGGCCAAACCAUGUCCCUGUCAGCUUGCAGAGAGACCAAUCACAGAGACACUGAGAAAUACUUCAGUCUAGGUGAUUCCUCAUCUUGGGGACAGAAAUUAAACAGAGAUGAUGUUCCAGAUGACAUUUUAUAUAUAUAUACUUUUAUAUAUAUAUAUCUAUAUAUACACACACACCUUCUCAGAGGGUUUAAAAACCCCAAUAGAAGACUUUUAGGAAUCUUUCACGAGAGCUCCUCAGUCAGCAUUGGCGUACAAGUAGUGAGUGGCAAUUAGCCUGGCUAGAAGGAAGGCAAAGACAGCGUAAUUUGUUUUUCCUGUUGUGAUUAAUAUAUUUUCUAACACCGCAUCCUGAUUCUCUCCUCCCAUGCCUCCAUGGGGAUGGCGUGUUCCUCUCUGUCAGUGAUCCUUUGGGUCCCCCACGCCCAGGCGGUGUGGGCCUGCGUGCGGUCCUGCCCUGCCAACUGCGUGUGCACCCAGGAGCGGAGCUGCUCCGUCCUCUGUGAUCGUGCCGGUCUGGGGCAGAUCCCUAGCAAGUUCCCUUGCGAAGCCUCCUCUAUCAACCUGGACAAAAACAGUAUCAAGUUCCUCUCCGAGAGGGCCUUUGGGAACUUGCCUUCCCUCAAAUCCCUGUCACUCAACCACAACAAUAUCUCCUUCAUCACCCCAGGGGCUUUCAAGGGACUGCCCAGCUUGACCGAGCUGAAGAUGGCCCACAACGAGUACAUUCGCUAUCUCCACACGCGGACUUUCACUGCCCUCAGACGGCUGGUCAAGCUGGACCUGGCGGACUGCAAUCUUUUCAACAUCCCGGACAGGAUCUUCAUCGAGCUGCCUGCUCUGCAGGAGCUCUUCUGCUUUCAGAACAACUUUCGGAGGAUCCCAGGUGCCAUCAGGGGCAUGGAGAACCUGACCCACGUUUACCUGGAGAGAAACAGGAUCGAAGCGGUAGCCUAUAACUCCCUGCAGGGCCUGACCAAACUGAAAUACCUGAAUCUGCAGGACAACAGGAUAAAUGUCAUUCAUGAACGAGCUUUUCAGGGCUGCCAGAAGAUGGAGUACCUGUACCUGAACGACAAUUUGAUCAGUGAGCUUCCAGAAAACUCCUUCGAUGGUCUGAGGUGCCUGAAGAUGCUCAACCUGGGGGGGAAUUUCCUCAGGAAUGUUUCCAACACCUGGUUCAGGGACCUGGGGGAACUGGAAGUCCUCUACCUGGACCGCAACAGGAUCAACUACAUUGAGGAAGGGGCUUUUGAAAACCUCACCAGCCUUGUCGCGUUGCACUUAAACAGCAACAACCUGACGACGCUGCCCUUUUCUGUCUUCCAGCCAGUGUACUUCCUCGGGCGGCUGUACCUCUUCCGCAACCCCUGGGAGUGUGACUGCCGCAUCGAGUGGCUGAAGGAGUGGAUGGAGAAUUACAGGCUCGUCAGGGAUAUUCCCUGUGCCUCCCCCUCCUCAGUAGCUGGGAUUGACCUUAUGGACGUACUCUAUGAGAGAUCGCCAGAAGGUUACUGUCUUGACCCAGGGGAGCUAAACAUCACAUCUGAAGGCCCGACCCCAAGUGAAGAGCCUUGGUCUACCACAGAGAGCAAGUUCAACAGCCUUAUCUCCAAACUCUUGCUCCAGAUGGGUAUUCCCGAAGAGGUGGCAAACACCACUGAAGUCUACAGUAACACCACACAGUUGGUUGGACUGACUGAUGGGGUUUCUUCUGGGAUGGGGGAAGACAGUGUCGAGGCUGUCCCCUUCUCUUUUUACCUCCCAGUACUUUUUACAGUGCUUGUUUUGCAGCACAAAUAGUCCAAGGGCUGCCUGGAGCAUGGGUCCUGCUUAAGCAUUUAGUCCCUAUACCUACCUAGUCAUUGGGGAAAGGUUCGUAUCGCUGGCCUUGGAUACAUAUCUGGCUUCAAACUCUCCUGGGUUGGGUUGGUUGGAUCUGGCUCCAGAUUCCCCUGGGAGCUGGUGGGAUCUGGUUGAAAGCUGAGUCCCACCCACUCUGGGUGAGAAAGCUGCCCUGUGGGGUCUCAGAGCCCCCCAGACACUUGCAGAGCUGUGUGGAAGACGAGCAAUGAAAGAAUGGCAGUAGGGUUGUUUCACUUAGAGACACGCGAUGUCGCCUGCUGGGAGCAGAGAGAAGACGGUUCUGUGUGAAUGGUGGUGCAGCGCUGUUUAUUCCAGUGGGGCUGUCCUGGGCAGCAUCCCGGGAUGCAGCACUAGCCCUAGUGAGAAGGAGAACAGCAUCUGGGAAGGGCACCUGCCCCGGGUGGGUCUGGGACAGACAGAGUGUUUUGGCCAUGACUACAGACAGGAUUUUGAUCCUUUCUCCCCCUGCUACCCUGGCACAGGUGCAGGAGAACCCAAGACAGACCCAUGUUCGUCAAAACAUUCGUCUCUGAGGAAAAAGCUAUUGCAAUAUAAGAGUUCACUUAUUAACAUCUAUUUCAAAUGUGUAUUUAUUUUUCAAUGAAUCCAUCAUCUCAAGGAAUAUAUUAGUUUUAUUUGUAGAUUAUUUCAUGGCAUGACAGCAUGGGCAGAGCAGGGAGAUGACAAAUGCAGCAGUAACUAUUUUGUAUUUCCACCACUAAUACUGCAUACCACGUCAUACUACGUUGUACUAACCAACUAUGCCGUCCUUUUCUUUUAUAUGGCAUCUUACAUGUUUAUUCUUUGAAAUCUUCAGUGAAAGCUGCUACUGUGACCAGAAAGAAUUAAGUUAUCUCUAUCAGAGCACAUUAAUAAAAUAAUUUGAUAUUUUGCUCUCAAAAAUAAACUGCUCAAAAAUAUAUUUUCUUCUUUUGAGAUCCUUGAAUUACUCCGGUGGUUUUUUUGUAGGCUACUCAAAUGGGUACACAUGAAUGUCCUUUUUAUGGUCUAGAGCAAAUGGCAAGCUAUUUAUUGCGGCAUAAUGAAUAGACACUUUGACUUAGAACAUGACUAUGCUUACAUUUAUGCUAAGUAGCAAUGCUUUAUAAAAAGUAAGUGACUAUAUAGAAAUACACUUCUGUGAUAUUUAAACUAUAUUCAUUAUACACAGCUUAUCAUACUAUGGUGUACA